GUUCAUCCGGGGAUGCUCUUAUGAGCUUUUCAGCUACAUUAAUAGCCCUUUCCACCUGCAGAAAUUUCAGCAAAAUAGCAAAUAUGAAAACGUUUUAAGUGAUAUUUUAAACUAUUGAUUGUUAAACUGAAAAGGUUGAAUCAUAUAGGAAAACAAUCCUGGCAAGUGAAUACAUUUGUUAAAUUCUUAUUGGAAUUUAUUCAUGCGUACUAGACUACUAGUACCACUUGAAUACAGGAGAAAAAUCCUUAAUUUCUUAAACAGCAAAAAAUUGCUAAUUGGGUGGUAGCAGGGAAAUGAAGGUUUGGGAAUGCUGACAUAUAAACCCUACAAUCAUUCUAGAUCAUAGGUGAGUAGCCAAUAACAACACCCCCUGAUGCCUAGAAAUAAACAUCUAGAGUGGAUACAAAUAUGGGUGAUCCAAUAACACCCUUCUAUGUCUAAGAAAAUACAUCUAGAGUGUAGAUAAGUAUGGUUGGCCUAAGAGUGAAUCUAGGAUAGACUCUGAUACUAUUUUAGAAUUUGAGUAUAGGUCUAAUAUAACCUCCAAAAGCUACCUCCUUUUCUGCUUCCAAGUCAUUUACGCAAAACCAAAGAGACAACCAUGAGUCACAUUGGCUUGUCCUUCCUCUUCCUCAUUUCUUUAGCACUUCUCUCUAUUGCCAGAGGCCAAGAAAGGGCACCUCAUGCUUGAUGUGCUUUCUUUAAUCACAUCAAAAUCUCAGCUUAGAACAAAGCAUAAAUACUCUUUCACUUUGCCCAAAUUUCUUAGCACAAGUGUGUGCUUAUUUAUUUAGUCAAUGAUUUCAAUGCAGAUCAUAGUGAGGACCAGAGGAUUAGGUCGUGCCUUAGGUCAGGUCACUCGCAGAGGUGUGGGCAGAGGAGAUCAUAAUGAUUCCGAUGAUGCUCCAUAGCGUCGACGACCUACUGCAUCCGCACGGAGGCAGCAAGUCGCUGUGACUGCGGAUCACGUCGAUGAGUCAGUCAUCCCUGACCCAGACGUUCAGGAUGACCCGAUGGAGGCACCAGUUGCUGUGGAGGACAUUCCUGCGGACGCAGGCGCAGAGGCGGCUGAGGAUUAGCCUCAGGGAUUUUCGGGUGGUCCGAGCGACCCAUUUGUGCUGACAGCGUAUGCGGAUCACGUUGCUUGCAGUGUAUGGACGGGAAAGGAGCGUCCUGAAUUGAAGUUAUCCUCGCAUGGGAGGAAGUUUAGGCAGGCUUGUCCCUGCCAUUGAGGGACUUAUCGCUGGUACAGGACUAAGUCCUCUGAUUGCGUGUUCGGUAAACACCAGCGAUCGGGGACUUUUGUCCGCGUUUGUGGAGCGGUGGCACCAGGAGACGUCUAGUUUCCAUCUCCCGGUGGGUGAGCUCACCAUCACAUUGGACAACGUCUCCUCUCUUCUCCAUCUUCCCGUUAUAGGCGACUUUCACGCAUUUGAGCCCUUGCACGUGGAUGAUGCGGUUCAGAUGCUGGUGGACUUGCUGAUGGUGUCUCCAGAGUCUGUUAGGGCUGAGACAGUCCAGUGUCACGGACCGUACGUACGCCUGCAAUGGGUACGUGAUGUAUAUCAGCGCCGAUGCCAGGCAGGUCAUUGGACAACUGCGGCUCGUGCAUAUCUUCUUCACCUACUGGGUUGCACUCUGUUUGCUAACAAGAGUGCAACCAAUGUCCAUGUUGUCUACUUAGAGGCCCUUCGGGACCUCAGUAUGACAGAUAGGUACGUUUGGGGAGUGGCUGCUUUAUUUCAUAUGUACGACCAGCUGAACGAUGCAUCCAUGAGCCACAGUUGACAGCUUGGCGGUUACAUCACACUGCUGCAGGUGGAUUGCGAUGAAGAAGACCGUGAAGAGCAUACGCACGCCGUCGUAUAGGGAGCGCCUGGACCGACUCCGGAUUCCGGAUGUCUGUUGGAUCCCAUAUGGGGAGCAUCGGGAGGUCCGGGACUUCCACGUCAGAUCAUGCUACUCCGGUCUCUUGUGCUGGGGGCCUGUUGUUGUGUAUUACCGAUCGGAGAGGGUCGUGCGACAGUUUGGUUACACGCAGACCAUUCCUGCUUCAACUGUCGAUUCAUGGGUCUCGUAUGAUGAUAUACACGACAGGUGGAUGCACUACGAGGAUCAUAUCGUACCUGCAGGUGAGGUGUGCGUGGUGUCAGGGGCGUGUUCCAGUGACUACAUCGACUGGUUCUUUCGCACCUCUCAUCCUUUCAUGACACCAGGCCACGCAGUAGAUCCUCUACCUCAUGGUCACGCCCCGCAGCCCCGAGUCGUCCCUCAGGCCCCGCAGACGGAUAUCCCUCGCGUGUCAGAGCCAGGAACAUCGUCGACAUCUACGGAGGAGCCCAGACAUGCAGUGGAAGUUUGUGAUGACAUUGCUGAGCGGUUGGAGCGUCAUCUGAGUCUAGGGGUGGUCACACCUGGCUCAUCGACACAUGAGAUGAUCGAAGAAUGCCUCAGAUUGGCCAGAAGUGUCACACAGGACCAUCUAGUAUACGUUAGGUGUAGACGCAGGCGGCGCACUAAUCAGGCUUAGUUUUAUAUACAUAUUUUACAUUGAUAUUCCUUGUAUAUACAGAUAUUGUACAUGAACUCAUUUCAUGCAGUGGUAAGUAAUACUAAUAAUUUACCUCAAUAUUUGCAUAAUAAUUUGUGUAAUUAGUUUGUUUUGUAUGUAACAGAAAGUUUGUGAUGACAUUGCUGAGCGGUUGGAGCGUCAUCUGAGUCUAGGGGUGGUCACACCUGGCUCAUCGACACAUGAGAUGAUCGAAGAAUGCCUCAGAUUGGCCAGGAGUGUCACACAGGACCAUCUAGUAUACGUUAGGUGUAGACGCAGGCGGCGCACUGAUCAGGCUUAGUUUUAUAUACAUAUUUUACAUUGAUAUUCCUUGUAUAUACAGAUAUUGUACAUGAACUCAUUUCAUGAGUAUUGUUGGUUUUAUUUAUUUUUAUUACUAAUGUUAGUUUUAUUUAUUUUCA